AUGUCGAAUCCCAAGACCACGCCGAUGAAGACCUUGAUAAGGCAGCCACCGCAGAAUGCAGCACAGGCGCCAAUUGAGAAUGCGCUCGAACUGACCGAGCUUGGGGUCAUUGCUCCUGACCUUUUCACCAACACGCGCGAGCUCUGGCUGCCCCCGGGAGCGCGAGGCAUCUUUGGCGGCGCAGUGAUUGCGCAGACGCUGGCUGCCGCGCAGCGGACCGUGCCCUCCAACUUUGUCGUGCACUCGUUCCACUGCUUCUUCGUGCUGGCGGGGGACUCGUCGACGCCGAUCCUGUACCACGUCGAGCGGGUGCGCGAGGGCCGCUCGUUCUGCACGCGCACCGUGCAGGCGCGGCAGCGCGGCAAGUGCAUCUUCACCGUGACCUGCUCGUUUGUGCGCGAGGGCAGCGGCGGCGAGCAGACGGUCGAGCACCAGCACACGAUGAGCCCGGACGUCAAGCCCCCGCCCGAGGACUACGAGCAGCCGACGUUCCUGGACUCGCAGCGCGGCGGGCCCGGCUCCGCGGGCGAGAAGAGCCCGUUUGAGAGCUACAUGAUGCCGAUGACGGGGAGCGGCGACGACCCAAAACACACGCGCAAGGCGAGGCACUGGGUCCGGGCGAGGGGCAAGAUCAGCGAGCAAGGUGGACACCAGGCACAUCUAAACGCGCUGGCGUACAUCAGCGACAGCUACUUUAUCGGGACCAUCAGCAGGGUGCACAAGCUCUGGAGGUUCCCGGUCAAGCUGGACGAUCUGGACAAGGUCCCCAAGGAGACGAAGGAUCACCUCAAGCGGCUGAACGACUGGGAGGGUAACGGCAAGCUGGAGGAGUUCAGGGGACAGCCGCAGCUUGGGAUGAUGGUUAGCUUGGAUCACACAAUCUACUUCCACAAUCCCAAGAAGGUCCGCGCGGACGAUUGGAUGUAUGUCGAGAUGGAGUCGCCCUGGGCUGGCGACGGUAGAGGGCUGGUUCUCCAGCGUGUGUUUCACCGGGACGGGACACUCCUUGCGUCUUGCGUCCAAGAGGGCGUGGUCAGGCUCAAACCACAGAAGAAAGAGGAGAACAAGCCAAAGCUGUAG